UGCUCUACAUUUCCCAGCUUCUCUUGGCUUUUAAAGACCCCCAUUCCAUCAUUUUAACAAUUCUUGUCUUUUGGACUUUUACUGCAAAGUUGUUUCUUUAGACUAUUUUUUCCUCAGCUGUUUUCAGGUGGAAUCUGCACCAGUAUUACUUUUCAGUCAUUUCUAGUGAGAGAAAACCUCUCUUCUGCUGGCUUUAUUACCGGGAUGCGGGUGGCCGUGAAUGCAAACUGAGUUAAAGAUAAAGAGAGACGUGAACGCGCAUCGCCGGCAUCCUUUCUGAAGUCUUUGUUGCAUCCCUGUCCUAAAUAAGAAACUUUCUCUGGGAUGUAAGGAGACACUACACGGUUCUGGUUUUCAGUUUUUCAACAAAGGAAUUAACUUUUUUUUUUCACCGAGGAACAAUCAUGGCGAUAUUUUGGUUGAAUAUGCGUGUUGUCCUCCUUUUACUCGGAUUAGUUUUGCUCCUUUCUCCAUCAACGAGAGCCGAGCCGGAGCUGCAAGACGAAGAGGAAGAGGAAAGUUCCUGUCAGGGCGCGUUUGACCUGUAUUUUGUGCUUGAUAAGUCUGGCAGUGUGAAAAACCACUGGGAGGAAAUCUACUAUUUUGUGGAGAAUUUAGCAGAGAAAUUCAAAAGUCCAAUGCUGAGGAUGUCCUUCAUAACAUUCUCCUCCAGAGCGUCCACCAUCAUGAAACUGACAGAAAACAGAGUGGACAUUAAAAAGGGGCUGAAUGCCCUGAAAAGAGAGGUUCCAGGUGGAGACACAUUCAUGCACCUUGGAUUGCAUAGGGCAAAUGAGCAGAUAAACCAGGAAAACUUUGGCACAGCCAGCGUGAUUAUUGCACUGACAGAUGGAGAGCUGCAGGAACAUCAACUCAUUACUGCACAGCAAGAGGCAGAGAGAGCUAGGUCUCUUGGAGCAAUUGUGUACUGUGUUGGUGUGAAAGAUUUCAAUGAGACACAGCUGGCCACCAUUGCAGACACCAUCGAACACGUGUUUCCUGUGUUGGGCGGCUUCCAUGCCUUAAGAGGAGUCAUUGAUUCGAUCAUCAAGAAAUCCUGUAUUGAAAUAUUGGCAGCUGAGCCCUCCAGUGUGUGUGCAGGAGAGUCUUUCCAAGUGGUGGUGAGAGGAAACGGAUUUCUCCAUGCCAGGAACAUCAACCAGGUGCUCUGCAGCUUCAAAAUCAAUGACACCAUCACAAUUAACGAGAAGCCAGCUGGAGUAGAAAACACAUUCUUACUGUGUCCAGCUCCUGUCAUCGAUGAAGUUGGGAAGGUGAUUUAUCUCCAGGUGAGCAUGAACGAUGGCCUUUCCUUCAUCAGCAGCAACGUGCACAUCACAACUACAGAAUGUUUUGAUGGCACCAUCCUCCUGAUCACCCUGCUGGUGUUGUUCUUGCUGCUGGCUCUGCUCUUCAUGUGGUGGUUCUGGCCUCUCUGCUGCACUGUGGUGAUCAAAGAGCCACCUCCUCCACCUCCUCCUGAGCCUGAGUCUGAUGAUGAAGAUGGCCUGCCCAAGAAGAAGUGGCCCACUGUGGAUGCUUCUUAUUAUGGAGGAAGAGGAAUAGGAGGAAUCAAGCGGAUGGAGGUGCGUUGGGGAGGAAAGGGCUCAACAGAGGAGGGGGCCAAGCUGGAGAAACCAAAGAAUGCUGUGGUGAAAAUGCCUGAGCAGGAGUACGAGCCCUUCGAGCCCAAACCUAAGAAAGCUCACAACAAGAAGGCGCCUCAGAACCGGAAGUGGUAUACACCCAUCCGGGGUAAACUCGAUGCUAUCUGGGCUCUGUUUCGUCGUGGGUAUGACCAGGUCUCCUUGAUGCGCCCUCAGCCUGGGGAUCAUGGCCGAUGCAUAAACUUCACAAGAGUGAAAGAGGAAUCAGCAGCAGCAAAGACCAAACCUCGCAGCCCGAUCCACACACCCUCUCCUCCGCCACCAGAUUACCCCUCCGUUGCCCGCCCUGUACCCUCAUCUCCCACCUCCACAAGCCCUCCUGCCAGAUCACCCCCAACAGGACAGGUACUCCCAGGUCCUCCACCAGCUCGCACACCACCAGGGCUACCCUGUCCACCCCCAUCACGUCCCCCACCCACCCUACGACCCUGAACCACACAGACAAACCCCACUGAACCCUAAAACCCCAGCUUUGGUAUCACAGACUCACAGCUCAGACAAGUUCUUUCAGUUGAGAAGUUCUCAGUCUUCGCUGCCAAAGAAACUCCUGCGAUAAGCCAAAGAUGAGUAGUAUCUGAAUUAAAGUUGUGUUUUCUUCUUGUUUAGAGAAGAGUCAAGUCAAACUGUUACUAAAAGGUUUUUGUUGUUUCAAAAACGCUGCCAGCUAGUGUGGCAAUUCUAGAGGGGAAAGAUUUAAAUACAGAGACAAACCUUAACACAAAUCUGGAACCAGCCUCACUGAAAGUUGUACAGGAAGAAUUUUAAUUUUCUGAUGAGCAAUAAAAAUUGUUUUUAAGAAGCAGUUUGAUUUGACAUUCAGGCCCAAACAGAUGGGAAUUGAGGUGAUUCUGGGAAAUAUUGUGACUAAGUGCUGGUGUUGUAAGAUCAGGGAUCGUUGCUGGACAGCAAAGCAUGUAGGGACAUGAAGUCUAUAGAACAUUAUUGCAAUGUAAGAAAUGUCUUUCAUUCACAUGGUAUGAGGUAAAAAGUAGGUUUAUAAUGAGCUUUAAAUCUUCAAGCAGAACAUAUUGGUUGAUUCCUCAAUUGCUGUGAAGGUGAAUCAGAAAUUCUGAGAAUUUGUCUUGAGCUGUCAUUUUAACUGGUCAGUGUCAAGUUCAGACCUGUGUCCAUUGCUGCUGGUUUUUGUCGUGGCAGUGCUCAGUUUCAGAGCACCUCACCAGCAACUCUGCCUCCCUUGGCAGGAUCUAAAAAGUCUUUUCAAAGCUGCUCCCUGCUGUUUAAACCUCCUUUGUUCAAGGAAAUUUCCCAAAGAUAUCACUGAAACAAUGUAAAGGAAUCAUGUCCUGGCAUCAGCAGCAGGUCAGAUCAGGUAUAGGUACAUAUGCUGGUCCGACAUUUUGCUGCAUCAACCUUGGUCCUGUUCUGCUCUCGCCUCCUGAUGGCCAUCCUCCAAGCCUGCGGCAGGCACAUGUGCCAUCUCUCCAGGUAUCCCCCAGUUGCUCAAUCCACAAUGCACGCGAUCGCCCCCUGCAUCUGGACCAGCCCACCAGGUUCUAUGCAUCCAGUAUGAGGUGAGCUGGAUCAGGCCUGGGAAAGCGUGCCAGGUGCCAGUAAAAGCGCAGCUGCUGUUCACGUAACAGGCAGCUGACCCUUCGCAUCCUCACACUCCUGAGUAUGUCAGCAAUAGACACAUGGUCUUGCCAAUGCUACCCAAAAAUGCGCCAAAGAGAAGGUGUCACAAGGUGUCCAGUCAGCACCUCUAGCCAUCAGUCAAUGCCCAAGCCUCACAAGAGCAUAGGAAUACUGGGAGGUUCAAGGACUGAAAGACUCUGACUUUCAUCUGCAUGCUCAGAUACCGGCAAACCGAUCACCCCAUACGUGAGCCCAAGUCUUUGGUUGAGCUCAGCCAUGCAGUUAGCAGAUCCAUGGAUUAUGCUGCUUAGGUAGAUGAACUGCUCCACAAAUUCUUUGAUGGCGGCAUCCAAGCAGUCCCUAAAUGCUUGGAUCUUUGUUUUCACCCAGGAGAUGUCCCAACGCUUCGGCCCCCUCACUCAGCAAGUUAGCAAGGAUCACAGCAUCAUCAGCAAAGUCCAGACCAGUGAUCUGGACAUCGCCAAAUGGCACUUCACAGUUCACUUCCCUCUUGACCCGCCCCACUGUCCAGUCCAUACACUUGCUGAAGAGUGUAGGGGCAAAGACACACCUGUCUUACCCCAAAAUCAACUGGGAAGAAGUCAGAGGUGGAGCCACCACAAUACACAGUACUCUCUGUACAAGACUAUAGGCCCUUUAGGGCACAGGUGGGAUCCCGUGGAGCUGCAGAAUCCUCCAGAGAGUGUCUCUACUCAAGUGCCUUCAGGAAGUUGCCAUAGGGUGCAGACAACCCUCUACUGAAUUCCCAAAAGCAUUUUGUGAGGGCUCAGAGUGCUAGGAUGCAUUCUACCGUUGACCUCUUAGGUAUAAAGCCCAACUAUAGCAGCAGCUAGACCUGAAAUUGGACCCUCUGAAUCAGUCUCCCAUAUCUGCCCUCCCUAUCAUGAAGGGUCAAGUGGCAUUGACGAGUGCCCACUGUUUCAAAAGUUGAAGUAUUUUCCAAGUUAGGCCCCUGUUAACAAAAAAAAGGUGCCGCUUAGAGCACAUUUGCACUCAUAGGAUGCUUGGUGCUAAAAACAUUGGUCCACAUUGGUUUUGUAUGAACAGGAGUGUUGCCAGUGCAUGACCCAGCAUCUCUGGACACAGGCCUCUACUAAUCAGAAAAGUGAAAGGUGUAAUUUUAAGCAUUGUCACCUGUUGUCAGUGCCAAAGUAUUUUUCUUCAACUUUGUUCCAAAUUUAUUUCAUUCCAGCAACAAAUUCCAGCCUUUGUGUUCGAAAGUGUUGCAGUCCAGUGUUUGUACCAUAAAGUGACAGGGAAGUGUACAGAUGUUUUAUGGAAGGGAUGUUUUUUAAUGAUGUGUUUGAGAUGUGCUUUUUAUUGUUAUGGGGUUUAUGUCUUUGAGGCUUUGGAUAUUGUCUUUCACACUUUUUCAUUUAGUUGAAUUUAGAAAACAACUAUCUCUAUUUUUGUUUUUUGUUUUUUGGUAUCUGCGCACAUAGACUGCUGGGCAACAACAAUAUGUAUUUUUUUAAGCUUUUGAUUUUUUUUUUUUUUUUUUUUUUUACAUCAAGCUUAAAAUAUUCAGGUUAACAUCUCUCCUAUGAUCUUUAAUCAUUCUUACACAGAUACUGUACUUAAAUACCAAUGUGCGUGUUUUAUGUCUUCACUUUUAUCAUCACCGGUCACAUUGCAACUGCAGGGCAGUUCAAAGAGCAUCUAAUUUAUUUUACUCCCUGAGAGAAAUAGAGGAGAGUACUUGAAUAUCGACAAGGUGUCCAACCACAAAGACGGACACUGUGCGCAGAAUAUAGAAACAACAUCUUGUCAGUUAUGGGUCUUACAUGGACACCAGCUUCUUUUCAGUCAUUCAGAUACACCUAGAAGGAUUUAGUAUUGAAAGAUUAAAACUUAGAAAGAUUCAAAAACAAUCCGCAAAAGUUUAAAUUUAGUUGCAUUUUGCUCUCUAGAGCCUCUCAUUAGCAGGUGAAUGAUGCUAACAGCGAAAUCUAAAAUGGGAAACAUCACAUCUCUCAUGUUUUUCUUUGUAGAAAUUAGGUUGAAAAAUGCUGGUAUUCAUUUUAUGUUUAAUGCCUUCUGGAAUUUAUUAUUUUGGGGGAUUUUAUUGUUUUGGGUUUUUUUAAGUUAAGUCAUGUAAGGUUGUGUUAGCUCCUAUAUUCAUAUCUCUUUGCCUUAAAGCAAAUAAGGCUAAAUAAGGAGGCAUACAUCACUUCACAAAUUUGUCAAUCAACAUUAAUGUUUUGGUUUCGUUUUACUGUGACUCAUAAAUUCUUGAACAGCUCUGAUUAGUUGAAAAAGGGAGUUUUUUUCUUUUUUAUAAAUGAGGCUAAGUACACUUUUUAUACAUGUGUUUUGUACAAGCUUUCAGGUCAGACGAGCAGAAGCAGGAUUAUUCCUAAGAAAACAUUACCUUAAACCUUUAAACACAUUUAUACAUGAUGAUGUGAGGUUUAUCUUUCUCCUUUUGUUUCUCUGGCAGAGUUAAGAUCUCUGAUAAACCAAAGCAGAUCUCACACCUGAGUUUGCAUUCAAUAAUGCUGCUUUCCUAUUCAUCAUAAGAGUAUUCAGUGUGUUUUUACCCACAGUCACAUUUAAGGAAAAGGUUUGGAUUGAAAUGCAAAGUCUAGUUAUAAUUUCCUAUAAAAUCUGUGAUCAGAACAUAUAGAUAUGAUAAUGUUUCUAUAGCUGUCAGAUGAGAUGCAUUAUGUUAAUCAGUGAUUCUUACGUGUAUUAACAGCAGAGCUGAAGACAUACAUGAUUUUUUUAACAGUAUCAAUAAAGGUUGACU